UCCCAUGAGAGCUUCCUGGUUCUCGCGAAGUCUGUGAGCCGCUGUGUGUGUGUGGGAUUAGAGAGAGACAGACAGACAGACAGACAGAUAAACAGAGUUAGCGCUCGCGGACAGGUGAGCGCAGUGCGCGCAGACGCUGGACGUGCACGCGUGCGAAGGUGACGGUGUGGGUUGCUACCGGAAGUGAGCGCGCGCCGGUCAGGUGGGACGCGGCGGAACCGCUCAGGUGGCACAGACAGGUGAGAGCUGAGAGCAGUGAGACAGACAUACAGCCAGAGUGGACCAGCUGAGUGUUUAUGCAAUUUCAGUAAGUGUGGCGAUGUCUCCUGGAGAGGACGGUCUGAUCGGAAUCCCAUUCCCUGAACAUAGCAAUGAGCUGUUGUCCCGCCUCAAUGCUCAGCGCCGUUCUGGCCUACUCUGUGACCUCACAUUGACCUCCCGUGGUGCCCGUUACCCCACACACCGCGCUGUCAUGGCUGCCGUCAGCCUCUAUUUCCGACGGCUGUUUGGGGCAGAGGAAGUGGGUGAGGCUGGUGAGGUGAGUGAAGGCUGCAGUGUGUGCCAGCUGGACUGUGUGACCCCAGAUGCUCUGGAUGCUCUUCUAGAGUUUGCCUACACAGCUACAUUAACCAUCCGCUCAUCUGGCAUGCGUGAGGUCCUUGAGGGCGCACAGCUGCUUGGCAUCCAAUGUGUGGCAGAUGCCUGCCGCCACAUCUUAGGUGAGGUGGGGGACACUGGUGACCUGGGCGGGGAGGGUGGGGAACCGGGUGGAGGGGGGCAGUUGGGUGUGGCCAACAAGGAAAGAGCAAGUCAUGUUGAGAAUGACCAGAAGACACCGUCACGCAGGAAACAAGACCGACGCAAUGUAGAGAAGGCAGCAUCCCCAGUACGGCUGGCUUGGAACACACGACCCCAGGAGGACAAACCUAAAUGUGAAGCUCCACCUACUCCUGAACACAAACCCCGCCCACCAAAGUAUGGAGCUUCACAAGGUGCUCAGCAGGUGGUGCUCAUGAAUGGAGGAACACCUUGGGAUCCACAGCUGGCUCAGGAGGAGGAGGAGGAGUCAAAACCUGAAGGGCUCACGCCUUCUCCGAACCACACCCCCUCUCAGACGGAAACAGCAUUGGGUGGAGCAGUAGAGGGAGUAGGCAAGAAGAGGAAGUCUCAAGCUCCUCAGCAGUGUCCUGUCUGCCAGAAGAUCAUCCAUGGAGCAGGAAAACUUCCACGUCACAUGAGGACACACACAGGCGAGAAACCUUUCCAGUGUAUGACCUGUGGUGUGCGUUUCACAAGGAACGAUAAGCUGAAGAUCCACAUGCGGAAACACACGGGCGAGCGGCCGUAUUCCUGCACCAGCUGCCCUGCCCGUUUUCUGCACUCCUAUGACCUGAAGAACCACUUGUCCUUGCACAGUGGGCUGCGGCCCUAUGAGUGCCCCCUCUGCCACAAAGCCUUCGCCCGUGAGGAUCACCUGCAGCGCCAUCGCAAGGGCCUUGCCUGCCUUGAGCAUCCACGUCUGGAUCUCCGCCCACGCCAUGCUCGUCAUGCUGCCUCUCCGCACUCUCCACUAUCUCCAGCAUCAUUAUCUCCGACAUCAUCAUCAUCUACUGCACCACACUUCCUGUUCCGUCAGGAAGCGGAUAACCUGGCCACUCCACCACAUGGGCCAUUGAUCUCUGGAGGAAUGGCAUAUUCCAGAAUCCUCCAUUGGAGGGGGGGAACAGGAUGGAGGGAAGAUGAGGAAGAGUCUUAGUGUGUGUGUGUGUGUGUGAGAGAGAGAAAGAGAGAGAGAGACUAUACCACUAAUUACAUACCUACUUAAUGCAAAAAGUAACCAAAAGUCUUAACAAAAUGAAUCUGAACAGAGAAACAGGUUAUUUUUUUCUUUCUUUUCGUACUGUCUUUCUAAAAUGUGCUUAAUUUUGUUUUCAUGUAUAUCGCUGGAACAUCAGGGCUUUGAUCUUUGCACAUUGUUUUCAACUUUAAUCUUUAAACAUGUAAAUGAAUGAUAAGUGAUAGAUUUAUGUUGUUAAUAUAUUCAGGGUGAAAUAUAAAAUUAAAUAAUACUGUGAGUUUAGGGUAAAAAGUGUAGGGAGAGUGUGUAAGAUUUAUGGUGUUUAAACAAUGCUGUUUCAUUGAAUUAGAAAAUAUCUUUAAGAUUGUGUUUAAAUGCCAUGGUGAGUGGUUUAUCAGUGAGACCUUGUGGUGUGAAACAGAACUGCACUUCUUCACUCCACUACUGUUUAAAAUACACCUUUAUCUCAGCCACUGCCCUAACCCCUCACAAAUGUAUAUAUUUAGUGUAUAGCCACCUGGGUGUAUAUGAGAACACACACACACAAAAUUAAUUAUAAUUGCAUUUAUUUAAAUUUUGUUUAUUUUUAGGUUGGCUUGACAGAACCAACAUUCUGUAUUUCUUUUUUGUUUCUGCAAAAUUCUGCAAUUUGAGCCAAAAAAUCAGGCAGGAUCAAAGAUCCUUUACAGGAAUAUCAUGCUUUUGGGAAAGAUUGGAAUUUUGUUUGCCAUGUAGCAAUGCUCCAGAAUGUAUUUAUGUUCCAUGUAUAGGAACACACUGAAAAUGUUUUCUUGGUUGUUCUUUCAGCCUUUCUUUACUCUGCUAUGAUGAAGACUAUUAAAACAUUAUUGCUUCACCUCCUGAAGCCCUAACAACUACCAGGGACCCCAUAACAGCUACCUAGCAAGACCUCCCUAACGUGUUUAGUAUAACAACCUCUAAACAUAUUUAACCUUUACAUCUUUUAAGCUUUUAGACUUUUUCAUCUUUACACUCAAAUUAACGUUGCAUAUUUUUGCAUUUUGAAGUCAACGACAACAGAAUAUUUAAUGUCGUUCAACAAUUUUAGCAUGUUUAGCGUAGUCUGUCAAGCCAAUGUUAAAGCUCAUUCACAAACUUUAGCCUUCUAGUUUUUUUCCUUUGUACUUGCUAACUUUUAACAUUAGCACCAUUAGACCUGUAAAAUCCAGUUAAAAUGCAAGUUGUACAAUACUAGCUGAAGUGAUUCCACACCCAAAGUUCAGUAUUUCUACACAUUAUUGACAUUAUCUUGCUAACUGUAUGAGAACUAGCUUCCAUGAUAACUAGUCAGUGUGCUAAUUAGCAUCUUGUACAAAAAGGAUUAUUACUACCAAGCAUGUCAAGUGACAGUGAGUGUGCUAGAUCUCCAGCAGCAUAUUAUAAUAAAUGGUAUAAUGAUAAAUGGUUUUAAAAAAUGUUUUGUUUGACAAAUGUUUUAAGUGAUAAAACAAUACAAUAAUAAAGUUAUGGAGUGUCCAAUAAAGUAGCCAAGAGCACUCUGGUUGAGAGAAAAUAUUAACAGCUUUUUUAAUAUUAACUAGCUAGCAUGCUAAUUACCUGAUGAUACUUUAGCAAGAUGGACGAGGGAAAAGUGUGUGAGUGGAAGUGUUAAAAACAGGACUGGUAGAGUGCACAAUGAGUUUAGUGCUUAAACUGGUAAAUCUCUGUUCUUUAUUAUUAUUAUUAUUAUUAUUAUUAUUAUUAUUAACAAGAAGUUCAUGUUACUUCCUCUGUAGAUUUGUGUUAACUUUAGAGCUGUCUGUGGUUUUAUUUAUUAGUUUAAUAUUUAAUCUUUGUUUAAUAUUUGUUUUUAAAACACACACACACACACACACACACACACACACACACACACUUGUUUGUCUCUCUGUGGCUAUUCAUGUCCCAGUGAGGAGGUUAGUGAUAUAAUCCAUCAGGGAGUGUUCCUGUCUCACACACUAACAUUCAUGUAGAAAAUUUAUCCAUCAUGCAUCGUGUGUCCAUCAUGCACUAACUUUUACUUCCUGUGGCGGAGUUAAUGCUUUAUGGUGGUCACAGAACUGUUGAUGGUGGAACUUGCUCUACUGAAUGCCACUGAUCUUCAAGAAACAACCAACCUCUUAUCUUCCACUUUAGCCUUCCUUCAAGUUUUUGGCUCUUCAGACAAUUUGAGGACGUUUCUCCAGUGGUUCCACAGCUCUGUGGUUCUGAUUAAUAGUUCUGUUAAUACAGUUAAUACAUUAAUACUUAUGCUAUAAGUCCAUUCUUACCAAUUUCUUACAUUUCUGAGUUGUUUUUUCUGUUUUUUUUUUUUUUAGUUAAAUUUACAUGAAAAAAAUUAUUUGAAUAACUGAAUCUGUUAUGUGUGUUUUAAAGAAAACCUUUAGAGCUGUGUGAGUGAAAACUUAAAUUUCUCAGGAAUUAUAAAGCAAUGCACUGAAACAAGUAUGUAAAUGGGAAUGCAAAUGAAUAUGCAAAUGAGAGAUGGAUAUUAUUGUCUCUUGUAAUCUUUUGUGGAAUGCAGAUGAUAAUACGAUAUUUUAAAGUCCUAAAUGAAUGAUUAGAUAUGUUUAUAUGAUCUAUUAUAGAGUUAUAGUUUAUUACAACAAAAAAAAAGUUGGUGUUAAUUAGGGAAUAAACAUAUAUCUUUAUCACUGUUGUAUGAACAGAUAUAAUUACAUGUGUAAACAUACAUGGUUAAUAAACAGAAGAUAUUCUAG